CGCCACCCUCUCUCUCUCUUUCUCUCUCUCUCUCUUUAACCCAACUCUUUUCUUUAUGACUCUGUUGUAGCCAGUCCUUCCUCCAUUCUUUUUCCUUCCCCCCCCUCCAUUUUAUAAACCACCCAAACACCUCGUUCUACAGUCAUUCCUUUACAUUCCUUUACUCAAAAUAGUCCCUCAAGUCCUCUUCCUCCUCUCCUCAUUCUUUCUUACUCUCUUCUAACAUAUACUCCAUCAUGAGCCACUUUCACCAGAGCAGUCCAUCUCCACUCGCACACGCCGUCACCAUCAACAGCAACCAUCUUCACCAUUCUCCUCCGCAACCUCAACAUCAUCAUCAACAACAACAACAACAACAACAACCAAAGAAACGCACUCGCGUAACCCCGUCGCAGUUGACCAUUCUGGAAGAAACCUUCGCCAUUAGUGCAACGCCAGAUAACAAGAUGCGCAAACAACUCGCACAAAAGCUUCAAAUGCCAGAGCGUUCGAUUCAGAUUUGGUUCCAGAACCGUCGCGCCAAGGUGAAAAUGCUACAGAAGCGUGCAAUGAUGCGAGAAGAACAAGAAGCCGCCAAAGCUCGAUUGUAUGCAGAAGCAGCUGCCUAUGUUCAUCAACAACAACCUUAUUGGUACCCGCGUCGGUCGCAUCAAUAUCAUCCUCACCAUCAUCAUCCACAAGGAGGAGCUAAAGUACCCAUCCAACGUGCAUGGAGCUCCGACAUUGUUUCAUCGUCGUCAUCUUCUUCUUCAACAGCAGCAGCAGCGACAUCUAAUCCUGCUCCUGCGCCGCCAUUUGCGGGUCCCCUUCCUCCUCCGCCACCACCACCACCUCCACCAGCAGCAGCAGCAACACCGUUUCCUCCUACAUUUGCUGGUGCACCGCCACCACCACCACCACCACCUCCUCCUCCACCCUUCACAACGGCUACACCGCCACUUCCAUUGUACCUCAUGCCAAAUGAAACCAUGGGCUAUCCGGAAAAUGUGGAUGAUAUGCGAUUUAGACGAAUUGAUAGUGAACCUGCACCCAUGAUCCAUGACCCAUCCCUUUCACUCGGUCCAGAUCCCAUUGCCGCUGUACCAACAACAACGACAACGACAACUCACGACGGACUGAUUACAGCCAACACGCUCACUGUUGGCACCUGGCACCGUAUGAAAAUCACCCAACAAGACCUACUGUGCUACUACCACUCAGCGGACCGAACAUUCGCAUGGCAUAUCCGAGACAGCGACUACCAUUUCAAGAUGGUGCUCGCGUUCGACACCAUUGCUUCUAUUGAGAUCAACAGUCUGGCCGACAAUGUUUCGGCAGAUAUCCAUCUGGACCUGACCGAGCCACCGUUGUUUUUCAUGGAAACGAAUGCAGCCCUUGGCGACGGCAGCGACAACAACAACAAUUGGAUCCAAUGCAGUGAUUUUACUGAAGGCAUGCAAGCAACAUGUAUUCUUCGACACACGAUCCGUGGCUUGACAGCCGAUCUGCGUCAGGAAUUGUUUAAUAUUGCCAGUAUGGACGAUGGGUUGUGUCACAUCACUCGGUUUUCCAUCGACACCAGCUCAUCCUCGGCUGAACCAGGAGGUCCUCCCUCGGGUGUUUUUGUCGAUGACCCAAACAUGUUGUGGCGACAUCAGAGUCUGCCCUUGGGAUUCGGUGGUUGGACGGACGAGUCCUCUUCUUUUUGAUCUCUUUAUCCAACCUUGGUCCUUCUCUUUCUUUCAUUCUCUCCAAUCUGCCAUCUCUCACACUCACACAUAUUUAUUAUAAAUAAUUACACAUUGUUGCAUCAUCACUUAUCUACCCCCCCCACCCCCAACCGCCGCACACAACUCGCAAUGCACUUAUCCCCCUCCAACCUUUGUUAUAACAACAACCACUCUUACCCAACAAUCAUUAGAGCUGUCCCUUUUUUUUGGCCAACCCACACGUGUUCCUCUAUACAUCAUUACAUGUUUCGCACAAUGCAUAUCUAUUAUUAUUCUUAUUAUCAUUAAAAAAAAGCGAAAACUUCCUUAGAUAUCACCCAAAAAAAAACUGUGUAUCAAAACAAGGAACGCGUUUGUUCCAAAUGAAUAACGCGUGCCUACUUUAGUUUUCGCGUAAAUUUUGG